UUACCGUUAUUUUCAUAACGUUCGCGUCCAGAGCAAGAGGCACACACGCAGCCGUACGCGCACUCGGUCCGUGUCCGUGUCGUCGGUCUGUUUGGCAUCGCCGUACGGUAUCGAAGGGAAACCCAAAUUCACACUCCGAACAUCCCUGCAGUCCUGCAGCGUUCCUUUUACACAAGUGUGUGUGCGUGUGUGUAUGUGUGCGUAAAAGCCACACAUUUGUUUGACCGUCCAGGUGUACGCUGCGGUGGUGUUUGUGUACAGGAUAACGUUCUUUUCGGGCGGAAUUGUGCAAAGCUUGUCGCCCCCCAAAACCACCCAACGCGUUGCUGUGUGGACGGCCCUGCCCGCUACGGUAAAUGAUUUGUUAAUAAGCGUCUGAGCCGUAUUGAGUCCCCGUAUCGAUAAAAUAGUUUCGAUCCGUAUGACAUCACAACGUGCACGGCGUUGUUGGUAGUGGUGGUGGUAGCGUUGGGCCCGUUGUUUGUUGCUGUAUACGAGCCCAGGAGCGAGCGACAGGAACGCAUCAUCGCGCGUUCGAUUCCAACGGUCGUGGCGCAUCGAUCUGCAGUGGUGGUGCAUCGUCCACCUUUAUCUUUGGCAACGCAGUAUCGGUGUUUGAUAAUUGGUACCAAUCGGCCGCAAAGAUUGGUUUGCGGGCUAUCGGCGUUUAAAGAUUUGCACCAGUUUGCCUGCCGAUUGCUUCCAGUGGCUCUGUUGUGUACCAGCGCAAGCAGCGUUUGUGCAGUGUGACACUGUGUGUAGCAGUGUGUGUUUAUGUGUUAGUGAGGUAUUUAAAAAAAAAAAUUGCGUCAACGCUACACCAACGAAUAUAUCCUGCAACGAAAAGGGAAGAGAGAGUAUAUCCUUGACGACGCUCGGUUUGUGCUUCCGCUUGUUGACGAGCUUCCCCGGGGUGUGUCACUGUGGUCCCCGCGUGUGUUUGUGUGUGUGUAUGUGGUGUGCCCCACCCCCCUCCGAGCGAGUGAGUGCGUGUGUGGAUGAGGUGGCCGCGGCGUGAAAAGGAGGUAGAGCACCGCGAAAGAACGACGCCGCGCAAUGAGUGCAAUCAAUAAUACCAGCAGCAGCACCAGUGGCAGUGGCAACCACCACCACAGCAGCAGCAACAACAACAACAAUGCCAGCAGCCGGCACCAGAAGCUGGAACAGCAGCGCCAACUGAUGGAGGCCUACAUACGCCAGAAGCGGGCAACACCCGGCAUGGUGCAGGCGAGCGAUCUGCAGCUCGUCCGGCCAAUGUCGGGCGUCAAUCGGAACGGGCGCGAGGUGCACGCGUACGACGGUCCGAUGCAGUUCAUGAUGUCACCCACCAAUCCGGACCAAAUCAUGCCGACCUCACCGGUCGGACCGGUGCCAACGGUGGCAGUCGGCGGCACGGGACCGAACGUGACCGCGACCUCGAUCACCACCACACCAACGUCACCUUACAGCGACUCCACCAUGGAGAAGCUCACGCCGUCGUCGCAGGACAGCGAGGACGAGGAAAGCACACCGGUCGAUGUGCUGCCCCUGCCCGCGUCCACCCAAUCGCCUGCCAACGGUGGUGCGGGCGGUGCCAUCCUGUACGAUCGCCCGACGGUCGACGGGCAUCAUCUGCUUUCCCACUCGGCACCGAUCUCGCCCGCGCUCAACAACAACAACCAUACGCACCACACGAACAGCAGCAGCGGCGGCAAUGUGAAAUCUAGCGAAGACUCCGGUACACCUCCAAGCGGCGGUGGUGGUGGCGGCGCACCCGACACGGAGGGUGACGUUAUAGGGCCGAUCGAGCAGUGGGUCACGCAACCGGCCGCCCAGGGUGUGCUGUACAAGUGCCGCAUUACGCGCGACCGGAAGGGCAUGGAUCGCGGGCUGUUCCCCAUCUACUAUCUGCACCUCGAGCGGGACUACGGCAAGAAGCUGUUCUGCCUAGCGGGUCGCAAACGGAAGAAAAGUAAAACGUCCAACUACAUCAUCAGCUGUGAUCCGACCGACCUAUCCCGGCAGGCGGACGGUUUCGUGGGGAAGCUACGGUCGAACGUGUUCGGCACGACCUUUUUCGUGUACGAUAGUGGCACCAAGAAUGAUGCGGCCGCUCCACGGCUCGAUCUGGCCGUCGUGAUCUAUGAUACCAACAUACUGGGAUUUAAAGGUCCGCGCAACAUGACGGUACUGCUGCCCGGGAUGACGGAGGACGAUCAGCGUGUACAGAUAAGCUCGGUCGAUGACCAGCAAGGGCUGCUCGACUGUUGGAAGUCGAAGAACAUGGACAAUGUCGUUGAACUGCACAACAAGACGCCCAUCUGGAACGACGAAACGCAAUCGUACGUGCUGAACUUUCACGGUCGCGUCACGCAAGCCUCGGUCAAGAACUUUCAGCUGGUGCACGAUUCCGACCCGGAGUACAUCGUGAUGCAGUUCGGCCGGACCGCGGACGACAUCUUCACGAUGGACUUCCGAUACCCGCUGUGCGCGUUCCAGGCGUUCGCGAUCGCGCUCUCCAGCUUCGACGGCAAGCUGGCGUGCGAGUAGCGGUGGCCUGCGGAUGGAAUGGGCGUGCCGAAUCAUACUGCCAACGGAGCGGAGCAACUGGAGGAGCUGGAGUGGACGGUGCUGGAAGGAGUGCUGCGCAGGAGUUUCACGGCUGCUGGAAAUGUGGUACAGUUUUAGGGGGAAGGAUAUGAUUUUAUUUAGGACAAUGCUAUUUAUUGGAAGAGUCGGGACAUGGGGUUUAACGAUCGUGUUCGUGGAUCGUUGUGGAAGCAACAUAGCUCUAUAUAUGGGAUAGUAGGUACGAUCGUGUGCUGCAGGGUAGCGAUUCCAACUAACAGACAAUAUAGUAAAAUGGUUUACAAUGGUGUAAUCAGAACAAGCGGGGGUUCGUUCGCGCUGUGCUCAGUCACUCUACAUGUUGGACAGGCUUUUGUGGGGCGCACGAUGGUAAUGUUUGAUUUUUGGCCUAACCAGUGGGAAGCAGAAACAAGAAAGAUUACAUUUAACAAGAGUGUAUUAUGUACAGUAGAUUUGGCAUGGCUUUUUAGGCGCAGUGUGCAACAGGAACAGGCAGCAUAGCAGGUGUGUAGUUGGUUUUGUACCGGAAUUGUACCGGUACACUAGCAUUUGUGCAUAGCUCGUUCAUUCGCAUUCGCCUAAGCAUGGUUCUUAUUGGAGCGGCUACUUCUUAUAGGAGGUAAUAUAAAAUACAAAAACUAAACAAAAAAACAGUGGUAAAUGGUUGUGUCAUAAUCAAAACAAACAAAACAAAACAUUACACUAAGAGAUUCACGGUGUUAGCUCAGUUAGUAAAUAAGCAAACGGCAUGCUCUCCAGCCGGUACCGCCCGCCAAUGCUCAGAGUUGAUACCUGUUUACAGUUUGUAAAACGGUAUGUUUUUGCCCUGGCAAGGUAACGUGAGAAGGUUUUGUUUUUAAUUCUUGGUAAUUGUAAGCAUUUUCGAUUCAACCGUUUUCGGGCAACUCAAGGAAAAGGGGCGUAAGCGGACGACGGGGGAAUAGUAGAACAGGCGGGCAGUUUUUUUUGUUGUUGUUUCAUCAGUCAUUGAACACACUUUCCCGUGCCUGGGCGUCCAUUAUAAGGUACAGAUAGAAGGAACAACUAAAUUGUUAGAGUAAUAUGCCGAUUUCAAGAAGAGUUAAUCAUCCAGCGACGUACAAUUGCUAGCGCAAUUUGGAUUGUUGCUUCGCCACUAGGGAAGGAAUUUAAAAAAAAUGGAAACGUUUAAACACUAUCUGUAGCAAAAAAAAACACAAGACUAUCCUAAGCGUGACUAACUUUGGAAGGUAAUUUAUUGAAACCGAACACGAGCAAAAAGAUGCGGUUCGCGAUACUUUCCUUUGCCUUAUCCGGUCGCUGCGCAGCUUCGUCUAGCGAUAAUAAUUUAACGAAACGUUUACUCUUUUUCUCUUCGCCUUAGCUUAACGCUCCUUAGCUGUUAUUCUUAGCUUUUUAAAAAGGAAUGCUUUUCUCCGAGUAGUUUUAAAGCUAGUAAUAGUGAUCAGGAAUGGUUUUUUGUUUGUUUUUAAACUGUAAAAAAAACAGCACAGAGCAGUUGAUGCAAAGCUGCAUACAUACGAUUGAAAUUAGCUAUUAGCUGUACCAUUUUUAAUUACAUUUCUAAUCAGGCAAGAUUAAAAAACCUGCUCAAGUGCUUUGUGACGUUGUUUAGCGGCGCGCGUGUGUGUGUGUGUGUGAGUGCGAAUUUAAAAGAGAAGUAGGAAUUGUUACUUUAAAGCAAAAAGGGUGAAAUUCGUGUGCUUGCACCGUUUGCGUUGCUUGGUACUAGCUUGGUAGUUCUAACUUUAUGCGUAAUGCGGCAUCUCAUCCCACCCCAUGCGGCAAAAACCAAAACGUAAAAGAGUAUUAAUUUAUAAUUAAAAACAAACACCCCCCUUAUUAAGGAUUACGUUUUAGUUGAAGUAGUAGAAGAAGGAGUAAUAAUAUUUAACACUCUGUUUGCAGAUUUCUGGUACAAACAAUUGCUUCGGUUUCAUUUAUUUGCAUCAGAGUGCAUUCUGCAAAUGCAAAGGAGUAAGUGAGAGAGAGAGAGAGAGAGAGAGAAAGGGAAGUUAGAAGAGAAAAUAUAGCAAAAAAAAAAAACAAGAAUGUUAGGAAAAGAUGAGCUCAAGAGGAAAGCAAAACCACCCCGAAACUCAACAAAUCGUAAGUUAACACGUGUCUAGUCAGUGAAAUUGUAGCAAAACGGGGAGCGGGAGCGGACAGAGCGAUUAGAUAUACUCGUGUGAAAAUCACCAAGAAAUAAUUAGCAUUAGCGCAAUGGUCCAGCCAGAGGCCAUUGGAAUUAGUGCAUACCAUCGUUCGCUGUAGAUUACUGUGAACAGCGGACAGCUAAUAUAGUGUGUAUGUGUGUUUGCAGUGUGGUGUGUGGUGGUAAUGACGAAUCAAAACCAAUUUCAUUUUGUGUACUUAACAGGGGAGGAGAGCGGUUUGUUUUAGUGGAAUGGCAGGCAGCUGCGCGUGGAAGGAGAGGCAAAAGUUGUAGGAUAAUUUCACCACAACCACAAGAGUGAGUGAAUGUGUGUAUUUUUAAUUUAUUGGUAGCGUAAGGGGUUGAUCCACCGCAGUGUCGGGGUACAACAGGUAAUGAUAUUGCCGUAAUAAAGAGACUACAACAGAA